CGUACCUCGAAACUACUCCAUCCGUCUCGUCGCCACCAUGGGCUUCGCAUCCAACAUUGUCAUCGGCACCUCCGCCUUUCUCCUCGGCAUGGUCUUUGUCUGCCAGGUGGUGGACAUUGGCCUCCUGUACCUCCCCCUGACGAACGAGGCGAUCCAGGCCGCAUACGAGUUCUACGAGAUGUGGUACGAGGCCCCGGGUGCCGUCAAGUCCCUCUUCCAUGUCGCCAUGGCUAUUCCCAUGCUCACCCUCAUUUUCAAGCUCAACAAGUGGUCGGAGAGCGCAAAGUUCUUUGACGGCUCGGCGCUUGCCAUGAUGACCGGCUGCAUCGUCCUCUACCUCUCCGUCCACAUCCAGUCGCUCCGCACCUUCCUCCCCGACGCCAAGUCGACCUGGAGCAUCAUCCCCGCGCCGCCCGCGCCCGAGAAGCCGUUCACCGACAACGAGAAGAUCGAGGCUGUGCGCGUGCUCGCCGCGGGCAACGCGCUCGUCGGCCUCCUCCUUCUCGGUGUGAUCGGCAUGCAGAUCGGGCAGGAGUAUGCGCAGCAGCUCGAGGCCAAGGAGCAGAAGGCCAUCGACGAGGCUGCCGCCCGCAGCGACGCCGAGGCCAAGAAGAACAUUUGAUUGUAUCUCGUGUCCUGGGCCGUGGCCGCUGUACCCUACGCUCGCCGUAAUCUAGUACCUAAUGCCGUAGAGCUGAAUGCUAGUAGAUAGUCGUUACAACGGGGAUGCACUCCCCUCCCCUUCCUAUUG